UUCCUAUUUGUUUUGAAGCCAUAUGUAUUUCGGAGCAUCUUCGUCUUCUCUUCCUCUUGCGGAACUACUAAAGUCCGGAUGCUGCGAAGAUUUGAAAGGCAAACAAAGUCUCAAGUGAAAAAAACCUGGAAUUCAAGUUUUGUUCGAGGCAGGACUAGUCUACAACAGACAUCGAAAGAUCGGAACUCAGUUUAGUUUUGGCUGUGAACGACAUCGGAUGAAAUUGUUUAUAAAACUCCGGACCAACUGAAGUGUCAAAAGUUAAUUAACAAAAGUGGAACAAUGAAAUCUGUGAUUUGUAUUCUAACGUUAGCCCUACUGGUAGUCUCUAUUAGUGCUCAUGACGAAGGUAAAGAUGAGGCACUUAAAAUCAGAGCAAGUGAUGCGGCUCAUGAAGAAAUACUGGUUGAAUCUUCCUUGAAUGUGCGGAAAUCCAAUCCCGCGGUACGGAAGCAUGCCAGGAGUUUGAUGGAUCUGCUGAUGUCUCCCAGUCAUUCGCGACCGAAGCGGCAGUUUGGAGGGUUCGGAGCAUCGAGCUCGAAUGCAAAUGCUAAUGCAUUCAAUCAACAGUUUGGACCUCAAGGAUUUGGGGCCAGUGCAGCUAAUGCCGGAGCUCAAUCAUUCUACAAUCAGGGACCGUUGGGAGGGUUCGGUGCUUCGGCGGCCAAUUCGGCAUCACAAGGAUUCCAGGGUGGACCAGGAGGAUUUUCGGGUUCCGCUGGAAUGUCUGGCAGCCAGUCGUAUCAUUUGCCCGGUAACCAUGACGUUAGUCUUUCAUAUACUGGAGGUUUUUCGGUGGCCAAUGGGAAACCAAGUGUUUCGCAAGGAAACUCAAUCAGUUUCACAUAAUGACAUACAAAAGAAGUGGAGUACGGAGUUUAAACUAUUUCAUCAGUUUCAGGAUGUAUCGAAAUAUACGGAACGUGUUCUGUCAAA